UCCUAGAGGCCUUGGUAGUUUGUUGUGCGUAGAUAGUACCUGUGGCAGAGCAGACGUACCCAGAUAGUCUAAAGAGGCCUGGAUUCCUGCUGGUGACACGAUGCAAGCUUACGUGCCCCCGAACAUGAUGACAGCCGUCUCCCCAGGCCCCCCAGCUCUGGCUGCAAGCGAACAAAGCAGGGUCCCCAGAGUGGAUACCUCCAGGGUCCAAGGAAGGGUCUUAAGAGGACAUGCUGAUGACCUAGAUUCUUUCAGGCAGAAGUUCAGGUGGUUUUGUUACUCACAAGAAGAAGGACCCAGAAAAACCCUGAAUCAACUCUGGGAGCUCUGCAAGCAAUGGCUGAGACCAGACAUUCACACCAAAGAGCAGAUCUUAGAGCUCUUAGUGUUCGAGCAGUUCCUGAGGGUUUUGCCUGGAGAGAUGAGGGUCUGGGUGACUUCUCAGCGCCCUGAGAGUAGUGUGGAGGUGUUAACCCUGGUAGAAGAUUUGAACCAAACACUUGAAGAAAGGGAAGAUCUUAGCACUCAAGAUUCUGCUGUUUGCAAAGCGGAAGAUUUGGGAGAAGAGAUGGUGGCUGUUCCUCCAAACACGGAGCCACGUGAACCUGUAACAUUUGAGGAUGUGUCUGUGGACUUUACCAGAGGAGAGUGGAAGAUGCUGGAGUCGUCUCAAAGGGAGCUGUAUAAGGAAGUGCUGCUGGAAACCUUGAAGAACCUAGAAUUUUUGGGCCUUCCAGUUUCCAAAUUUGAAUUGAUUUCCCAGCUGAAGUGGGUUAAGUUGCCAAGGGUACUGGAAAAAGAAAUUUCUGAAGGCCCCAGACCAGAAGCUGAGUCUAGAAGUGAAUUGGAUGCCUUUAUGGAAGACUUCACUUUAGAGAAAACAGUAGAAUACUGCUUCAGUGAUGAUGGUUAUGGCUUGAAGGCAGAAUUCCAGAAACGACAUGGCAAAUCCAAGAAAGAUCAUAGCAAGCACAGUAGCCAUCAGAGUAAAGAAACUCCCUCUGGAAAGAAUUCCAAACAAACUUCUGACACAAUCAAACAUCGGAGCACCUGCUUAACAAAGAAGUCUCAGAGGUCUAAGGAAGGCAAGAAACCCUACAUCUUUCAUUCAGAUCUUGUGAACCGCAAAGAACACAGUGUAGUAAAGUUAAGGAAAUGCAGUGGAAAUGAGAAAGACUCACGUCACUCUUCAUCUCUUAGUGACCAUAAGAGACAACCGAGAAUUGGUUCGUUGAGUAAGACCCAGAAGUGUAGUAAAUGUGGAGUAGCCUUUACUCAAAGCUCAUGGUAUCGUAGUAAAACCUCUCAAUGUGAAAAAUGCCAGAAGAAUUUAGUUCAAGGUGAAACCUCAAAUAAAGACAAAGGACCUGAAACUGAAGAGCCCAGUAAGUGUAAAAAAUGUGGGAAAGCUCUUGGCUAUAGUUCAAAACUCUCUGUGUGUGUUGAGUGUAGAAAAGCUCACAGAGCUAGCCCAUCAGUUAAACCACAUAAAAAAACUAACAAAAAAGGAAAGUCUUACAAGUGUGAUGAAUGUGGAAAAAGUUUUUCUGGUUUAAACGCUGUCGAUAUACAUCGAAGAACUCAUACUGGAGAAAAGCCCUAUGAAUGUAAACACUGUGGGAGAUCCUUCAAUGACUACUCAUCAUAUUGUCAACACCAGAGAAUUCAUACUGGAGAGAAACCAUAUAAGUGUAAUGAGUGUGAUAAAUCCUUCACUCACAGCUCCUCUCUUUCAAAGCAUCAAAGGAUACACACUGGAGAGAAGCCCUAUAAGUGUAAGGAUUGUGGAAAAGCCUUUAGACAGAAUUCUUGCCUUACCAGACAUCAGAGAACCCACACUGGAGAAAAACCAUAUGUGUGUAAGGACUGUGGAUCAUCUUUUAGCCUUUUUAGUACUAUCAUCUAUCAUCAGAGACUUCAUGCAGGAGAAAAACCUUACAAAUGUACCCACUGUGAUAAAGCCUUCCCUACUCAUUCCCGCCUCAGUCGUCACUUGAGAUGUCACACUGGUGAAAAACCAUACAAAUGUAAAGAAUGUGGGAAAACUUUCAGACAGAGUUCAUCCCUUAAUUUACAUCUCCGAAGUCAUACUGGAGAGAAACCCUACAAAUGUGAUUAUUGUGGAGCAACCUUUACUCGGAGCACAAUCCUUAUUGAACAUGUAAAAACUCAUACUGGCGCACAAUAUGAAUGUAAAAAGUGUGGUAAGAAAUCUAAGAGUCGGUCAGCCCAUCUUAAACAUCAGUGUACUGAGUAAUUCUGGGACUGUAGUGAGUGGAGGGUAGGUGAAUUCAGAUUGUGCCCUUAUUUAAACACUUGACAUAUAAACUACCCGAAUCAUUGACUAGAAGCAUCAACUUCAAUGGGUUUACAAGUAGGAACAGCCUUCUUCCCCUUUGGUCUCUCAUCUUGAGGGUGGUCAGUGUUGAUUAGAGUUGGUAAAGUUAGGUUGAUGUGAAGAAAGCAUGUGAAGAGAAAUGAUUCUGAAAAGCCAAACUUACGUUUGAAAGACUCUUCGGGGAUUUCUCUCUUUGGCUUCCUUCCACAGCCAUCCAGUGUAAUGGAAAGGGACUGUAUGCCUGAACUUUAGUAACAUAGGCUCUCUCCCCGUUUGCCAACCAACCAGUGUGUCACCCUAAACAAGUCAUUUGGACCUUCUCAAUUUUAGUUUCUUUACCAGUAGAGUGAAGAGAUGACAUUAAUGAUUUCUAAGUUUUCUUUUUA